AUGCUGAGUGUGAUGACCGGAUGGCGAAACUACUCCGAUGCUGAGGUGGAAUUGGUGUUGGAGGCCGAGGCAGCCAGCGAGGUUUGCCGACUGGUCGGAGUGGAAGAGGAAGCUUUUUCAUCACAGAGGCAGCUGCUAACUGCUGCCGGAGCUGUACAUGCUUCCGAGUGCCCAGCUUGGUCCGAGGAGGAUCGAUCCGUAGCAUUGCUUGGGCGUAACUGCUGCAACCGAUUGGCUGAGAGAUCCUUGCGCAACAGCAACUGGCCCGAAGCAGCUCGAUGGUGUGCUCUCGCCUGGCGACUUGAGGGUGGUCAGAGCUGCGCAAGUCUUUGGCUGGAAGAUGGCAGCUGGGCAGCUGCUCGCUACCAGCGCUUAUUCCAUGCGGCAGAAGUCUUUCGCCUGGCAUGCAAAGGACGAGGCCAGAAGGCCUCGAAGAAAGCGGCGAAAGCAGAGGAAGGAGGAUUCGAUGGAUCGGAGCCUGGCAGAAAUCUGUUGGCAGCUGAAGGAGUGCUCUUCCCGUUCCACGGAGAUCAGAUCUUGAGGGCAUGCAACGUUCGUAAUUUACAUUUCACCGACACCUACCAUAUUCGACAUGAAGGUUGUCUCUACUAUCGCCUGUCGCAGGCCAGAAAUGGUUUGACCUGCGCUCGUGCAUACGCGGGCCUCUUUGUCCUCUGGGUGUUUCAAAGUGCCGCGCUGGAAGCUUUCAGCUGGCGAGAGGUGCGUGCAGCGCUGCAUUGUGCCAGCGACCUCUUCCACAGAUGGGUCGUGGCGAUGGUGUUGAAGCAGAGGCUCGUUGAAGUGAACCCGGCAAACGUCACGGCGUGGAUUCCAGCAAAGUGUGCACGCAUGAUCGUGGAUGUAGUGGACCACAACCAGCGGAUCUCCGCCUGUGGCCGAAGCCACAGGUGGAGAGAGGCCAUGCAUCUCCUGCAGGCCCUUCAGCCGAAGCUGCGAGCCAGCAUCAUCACGUUCAAUGCGGCAGUGGCCGCGUUUUCACGUGAGAACUGGCAAAGGGCCCUCGACUUGCACAAGCAAAUGCGGCAGAUGUCUGCGGAGCAGGAUGUGAUCACAGUGAACACCUCCGGACAACCAUUGCAAGCAGAUCUAUGGCAGACUGUUUUCAACAUGAUGGAGACUGCAUGGAGAGCAAACAUCAGGCUAAGUCAGACCAGCUUUGGAAUUGUCAUCAACAGUUGCACAGCUAGUGGAAAAUGGGGUCUGGCGAUUGGUGCACUCAGCCAAAUGCAGAGGACAGCCUUGCAAAGCAACGAGAUCGUCUGGAGUUCCUUGGUACAUGCAUGCGCGGUGUGGGAGACUGCAUUGGCCAUCAUGGAGGCUGCUCUUAAAAGCACACGGCCGAACCUUGUUUGCUUUAGCUCCUGGAGCAGCGCACUGGACCGGAAAGCCACCUGGGAGAGAUCCCUGUCCUUGCUUGAUGCUGUCAUGGGGCGGCAUGUGCAGCUUGGGAACAGUUUUCUGCACAAUACUGCCUGCAGCUCAUGCGCCAGGGUGGCACGCUGGGAAAGUGCCGUCAAGGUGCAGGUAGAUGUCGUGAAACAUGGUUUGCAACUGGAUGUCGUGGGUUUCACAGCGGCGAUGAGCGCGGUUGAUGCGCCGAGCUGGCGACACAUACUAGUCCUGCUGAAGACGGUGUACAAUUCUGGCAUCGAACUCAACAGUCUGGCAUUCAACGCUGCUGGCGAUGGCCUUGCAACAAGUCGACACUGGGACUCGGCAUUUUCUUUGUUGGAGGAGAUGCAUACUCUUCGCAUGGAGAUGGAUGCGUUCACAUGCAGCCUAGUCUGGACCGGGUAUCGUCUCUCCGGCAGGUUGGCCACAGGCUUCCUGCUGCAAUCCCUGCAAAGCGAAUUGAAGCCAAACCGGGUUUUGCUGUCAAGCGCUAUCACCUUGUACAAAGAAUGCUACCAGUGGACAUCGGCACUGGACAUUCUGAGCUCCAUGCGAACCGCCAAUGCGCAGCCUGAUCUGAUAAGUCACAGCGAUGCUAUUGGAGCAUGCUGCGUGCCUUGUUGGCAGGUUGCGCUUGGCUUGUGGCUGCAAAUGCCUGCCCAGCUGGUGGAGACAGAUGUGGCUUGCACUGCUCAGAUAUUGGAGAGUGCCGUUGAGCGGCAAUCCUCCUGUGCUCCAGAGCUUGCUGACAAGCUUGAUGCCUGCGCAACCUCGCAGUAUGCAGCAUCGCGGGAGUUGGAGUCUGCUGGCAUUCCAGAGGACCAGCUCGGGGCGCAGGCAUCGGCGCUUGCUGCGGAGACUGCAGAGACAGGGUGGUGUUGCCAGCAGCCUUGCUCUUCCCGCAUCGCAGCACAGCACGUGAGCCGUGAGCUUGCAAGCCGUGCUGGGAGUUCACGGAACUCCCAGGCUGGCGCAAGCGACACCGACGAAGUUCAGCUGGAUCUUGGCCCGGUACAUAGCCUUCAGCUUUGCCUUCACGCAUCGCCGGAAGAAUCGCCGAAGAUCACUGUGGCUGAGGAUUUCUAUCAGGCUCAUGCAACUCAAGCUCUGUACUGUCCCUGCCUGAGUAACCUCAGCUGGUCGGGGAGAAGAGGCCAACAAGUUCAGAUACGUUCAGCCGGCGGAGUCGCAUCACGAGCCAAACCGAGGCGGGGGGAACAAGCGGCAUCUUUGUCCUGUGAGACUGGCGGGUCUCAAGGCAGCAAGGCAGGGGCUCAGCAAAUGCCGGUACGCCCACGCUGUUCAGAAGCCAGGACAUUGCAUCACGCCAAGGUGGAAGUGGCCACGAUGACAGAGGAUGUUCCUGAGCCCCCUGAGCCUGAGGCCUCCCAUCCUUCGGAUUUGGCGGCGGGCUUUUGUUGUCGCACAGUGAGACACCGCCAGGCAGUGAACUGCCCCGGCCCUGGCGACUGCGGCUGCAGGCACGGGCUCACGAAAGACCGUCCGAGAAGAGUGCACACUCGUCACAGGGAAGGCUGGCUUUCAGACGAUCCAGAACGUGACUUGGUGACAAGGGGGCAAACGCUGGUUUUCCUCUCGGGUCGGCAUGGGUCGGCUUUGCUGUGGUGUCCAGAGCGGCAUCUUGGCUCCGGCUACAAUUAG